CACGGCCUCGUGUGCAACCUUGUUCCUUGGCGAGGCGGCCGGGGAAAAAAGCGAAGUAGAGCCCCACGUUGCCUUUGAUCGACGUGCAUAUCGAGGACAAGAAAGCAAGCAAGUCGACGAAAGAGGGCAGCAAGAGCCAAGGCGAUCAAGACGACACGGGAUGUGCAAGCUCUCGCUUUCUGAGCGGACAUGAUGCUGAAGCAAGCGAUGAGACUGCCGGAGCUGGUGCCGCCGGCAGAAGGGAAGGGGCCCGAUCACCCUUGUUGAAGCAGCGAGGAAGGGGUUGCGACAGGAGGCAAGACCCAUCGCUCUUCUCUCUGCUCUUCUUGAAUGUACCAUCAUCUAUCCUAAACGUUCUGGACACGCAUUUCUGUGUAUAGCAUGGUUCGCUUCAACUGCCUUACGCUCUUCUCUCUCCUUGCAGCCACGACGGCUUUUGCGGUCAAGACGCCCGUGUACCUCAUUCGCCAUGGGGAGAAGCCCGAUGAUGGAGGUAACGGCCUCUCAGCUCAGGGCGAGGACAGAGCGCAGUGCCUUCGGAGUGUUUUCGGGGCCAGCUCAAAGUACAACAUCGGGCUCAUCAUGGCUCAAGACUACAAAUCCAAUGGGAAACGCCGCCGCCCCUACGAUACAGUCACUCCCCUUGCGUCAGAUCUUGGCCUCACAGUAGAUCACCACUGCGACCGAGACGAUGCAGAUUGCGUUCACGACACAAUCAAGAGCUUCGGCGACAACGGCGGGCAGGGGAGCGUCUUGGUCUGCUGGGAGCACGACGCUCUCAGUGAUAUCUCAAAGGCAUUGGGAGACGAGUUUGACUACCCCGACGAUGUUUACAAUCUGAUUUAUGAGAUCGUGGACAAGCAGUUGACGACAGAUUCGCCGUAUAGCGAGGAAUGCCCCGGUUUAGACUAGAGUAGAGCGGGAAGGACGAGGCGCGUACGCCAGAAUGGCUCUUCUGCGGAUACGGAGCUUCACUGAAGCUAGAUGCAAUGGAAGC